AAUUGGUACUAGGAGAGCCAAGAAGCCACACACGCAUCUCUGCCUCUUUGCUCUAGCUCUCCCACUCUCUCCGGCCUUUCUCCGCUUCUCUGUCACUGUUACUCCGGGGGACGUUCACUUUUCACCAACCUUUCUCCAGGCAUCUCCAAACCACUGACUAUAUAUUUUGCUACAAGAGACCUAGAAGAGGAAAAAAGGCACGGGACUUGUCAACACAUCGUUCAAAAAAAAAAAAAAAAAACGAAUUUCUUGAAAUGUUCGAAAAUAUUUACAAGGAAAAGGCGUUUUUGAUCUAUCAACUAAGUGAAUGAACAAUCAUUCAUACCGUCCACAUCCUGAGGUAUUGUCAUCCCUCGCUGUGGACACCAGAGAGAUGACAGCUGCUUUUUCAUUGUUGAAUGUAAUAAAUAUUUGCUGCUUUUAAUAUUUUCCGGAAUUUCCUCCCUGAUAUUCCCUGGAAUUUUAACUCUAAAAGAUUGGAGAAAAGGUUAUCAAAAAGGCUUUUACAAGCCUCCAAAAUGAUGCUGAGUCCGGACCAAGCCGCCGACUCCGACCAUCCCAGCUCGGCGCACUCGGACCCGGAGUCGCUGGGCGGCGCGGACGCAAAGGUGCUGGGCAACGUGUCGGACCUGGAGCCGGUGGAGGAGGCCGAGGGCGACGGCAAGGGCGGCAGCCGGGCCGCGCUCUACCCGCACCCGCAGCAGCUGAGUCGCGAGGAGAAGCGCCGCCGCCGGCGCGCCACGGCCAAGUACCGCUCGGCCCACGCCACCCGCGAGCGCAUCCGGGUGGAAGCUUUCAACCUGGCCUUCGCCGAGCUUCGCAAACUGCUGCCCACGCUGCCCCCGGACAAGAAGCUCUCCAAGAUCGAGAUCCUGCGCCUGGCCAUCUGCUACAUCUCCUAUCUCAACCACGUCCUGGACGUGUAGGGCCGGGGGCGCCGCGGGAGGCCGUCGGACCGGCGUCUGCGAAGCGCGAACGCGACCGACGGGGGCGGGCGCCGCGGGGACGACGGAGGAGGCGGCGGCCCAGCAGGGAAGCCGCUGCGAGAGACUUGGACGAGGAAGGAAGCUCGCCAAAUGUUCUCUCUGGUCAGCAGGGCAAGGAGGGAAGGUUUCCGACCCUGGGAGGAGGGGAUGUCUGUGGAGCCUUGGGGCUUGCAGGGAGCAUUUUUCAGGCCCGGCGAACCUCCUGAAAACACUGGAGAUGAGCCACCUCCGGGCCUCCCCUUCGUGUAUUAGGGUCCCUUCGAGGGUGGUUGCUUCGCCUUCGUUAAUCUCCCACAAAUCGUCAUGUUAUGAAAGAGUGAAGGAAGAAACUCAGAGUAUAGGCUCACAACUUUAGAGUAUCUGGAAUUUUUCUAAUUGGCAAAUCACCAAACAUUCUGGGGAGAAGAUCUCUUCCAGUAUAGAGAUUUAAGGCACAGAAAGGUGGAACAUGAAAUUUUCCGUUCCGUUAUGAAAAGAAAAAGAUUAGAAUCCAACUACGACAGACAAACCCUGAAUAUUUGGUAAAGUCAAAAAGAUACAUUGAGAACAAAGAGACACACUGUGGGAAGAUUUGAACUGGGGGAGAUUUUAACCCCAAGAUAUGACACUAACGUAGACAGGAAUAUCCAUAUUUAAAUGGAAAAUUUAAUAUCUGAUUGCUUUUUCAGGCAAAGUGCCCGUUUAUAUAUCCAAAAAACAUUUAUUUGUGACCUUAAACAUGUGGACCCAUAGGUGCAGUUAGAAAAAGACAACCUAUUUUUAUUUAUGUUAGAAAAAGUAGAGUAUUUUUUUCAAGACGUUUAUUUUUCAGAGUGGUGAUAAUUUUACUUUGGAUACUCUGUGCCAAUUUAUUUAUAGUCGAGUGUUUACACUUUUUCCUGUGGAGUAAUUAUGUCUAACUUUCUAAGUGUUUGUUGAGAUUAGACUGUGGUCUUUCUUUUUGCUCUAAUUAUAUUGCACUUGUAUAACAAAUUUCCCACUUCUCCCUGUUUCUAAGCAUAUUUUAUAUAUUAAGAUAUUUGUUCUUGAAAGGUCCUUUUGUUGUGAGAUCAGCAACACUAGCACUUCACUAUUAUAGUUUUUUAAAAAAGUAAGUGUUGUUAUUCUUAUCUGUAGUUAUGUUUGAAAAGUACAAACUGUUUAUAAGGAGAGUAGUUUCUUUGUGUGUGUGACUGUGUGAUGUUUGUGCGUGGGAUGAUGUUAGGAAAUUAAGUUAUUUUCCUAAAAAAAGAAUUCAGAACUACUUUCUUCUGUGACAACCAAAAAGAAAAUCUAUAACCUGAAAAUGUUUCAUGUUCUCAGCUGUGAAACUCUUAAAACAAGGAGUGUAUUUUAGAGACAAGGGGGAAAAAACCACAUCUGCUAUCCAAAGAUUUUAGUCCUUUUCAGGGUUUUUUUGUGUCUCUAUUGCUUUAUAUAAUGCAAUAUUUUGUAGUGAAAAUAGAUAUAAUCUGGUUUCUAUCCGACGAGUUUUUCAUAUCUCAUGAAUGGUGCGCUGUUUUGCAUAUAAAUAAAGGUAUCAAAUAAAAUCUUCUCCUUUAUUUUAACCAUACUGUCUAAAAAUAAUGACCAUACUGACUGAGCAUGAAAUAUCUUAAUGGACUCAAUUCCUUAGAAACUUGUUAAAAAAACAAACAAACAAACAAAAACUAUACCAUAAACAUACUUAUGUGUUAGGAUAUUAGAUGUUUCUUCUAAACUUGGACAAGGAUCAGUCU